AUGAACGUAACACACCGGCAUUCGCUAACUCAAAGCAGCUACGCUAGCAACGGCAGCCACGCAAAUUUACCUUCGGACAAGAACUUACCAGAUGAAACAGGAUGCUACGAACAACUCCUCAUCUCCACCGAAGUGUUCCUAACCUUGGGAAUCAUCAGUUUGCUCGAAAACAUUUUAGUCGUGGCCGCUAUCAUCAAAAACAAAAACCUCCACUCUCCAAUGUACUUUUUCAUCUGUAGCUUAGCCGUCGCCGACAUGCUAGUUAGCGUCUCCAAUGCUUCAGAGACGAUCGUGAUAGCGCUAAUAAAUGGCGGUACUGUCACGAUUCCCGGAACUCUUAUACGAAGCAUGGAUAACGUUUUCGAUUCGCUGAUUUGCAGUUCACUUUUAGCAUCCAUUUGUAGCCUUCUUGCUAUUGCUGUUGAUCGGUACAUUACGAUUUUCUACGCGCUGAGGUACCACAACAUUGUAACAAUUCGUAGGGCUAUGCUUGUGAUUAGUGUCAUUUGGACAGUUUGUACUAUUUCCGGGAUUUUGUUUAUUAUUUAUUCUGAAAGUAUGACGGUUCUCAUUUGUCUUAUUACGAUGUUUUUUACCAUGCUAGUUCUCAUGGCGUCAUUGUAUGUGCAUAUGUUUUUGUUAGCGAGGCUGCAUAUGAAACGCAUCGCAGCGUUGCCGGGGAAUGCACCAAUCCAACAGCGUGCUAACAUGAAAGGAGCUAUAACGCUAACGAUUCUGCUAGGUGUUUUUGUGGUUUGCUGGGCGCCGUUUUUUCUCCAUCUGAUUCUGAUGAUCACUUGUCCCAGGAACCCUUACUGCACCUGCUUCAUGUCGCACUUCAACAUGUAUCUGAUCCUCAUCAUGUGCAACUCCGUCAUCGACCCCAUCAUUUAUGCUUUUCGAAGUCAAGAAAUGCGGAAAACUUUUAAGGAGAUAUUUUGCUGUUACAGUGUGAAAAACGUAUUCAGAAUGCUCUGCCGGUACACGCCCAUUGUGACGUAUGCAUCCACUGUGACCUGCGUGCCCACUAUGAAGUACAUUGCCACUGUGAGGUACACACCCACUGUGACCUACACGCCUACUGGGCCUGCGCGCCCACUGUGA